AUGGCAAGGCAAAAUCAGGUAUUUCUCUCUCUCCUUGCCUUUAUCAUUGUUGUUUUGGGUGAUGGAGAUCCCGGUGGAUGGUUCCAUGUAGCCCAGCAAGAAGUUUAUGGCUGCGGCUUUGAAAGCGGACCCAGCCGUCCACCAACCCCUCAUGGCAUUGGUAUGCCAAACAACUUCGCGGAAGUUGUCAAGGGCAUCUACAGAAGUAGCUUUCCGCUGCCCGUUCAUCUCAGCAGUCUCGCACAGCUUAACUUGAAGACAAUCGUUACCCUUGUUGAUGAAGAGUGGUCCCCUGAAUAUUCGUCGUUUGUACGGGAUAAUGGCAUCACCUCUCGCAUCAUCCCUAUCCUAGCAAACAAGCAGCCCAAUGUUUUCACGCCCUACAGCACUAUUGUGGAAGUCUUGACCAUCCUCCUUGAUACCAGAAACCAUCCUGUUAUGGUUCAUUGUAAUAAAGGAAAGCAUCGCACUGGAUGCGUAAUGGCCUGUUUCCGCAAAGCCCAAGGAUGGACCUCUGUGGCUGCCAUUGCAGAAUACAUCUAUCACUCAGCUCCCAAGACUCGGACUCUGGACCGUAAUUAUAUCCAAGAAUUUGACGAGAAUACGGUAGCAGACCUCGUUAAAAAGACCGGUGCUCAAAAGUGGCUUCCAACCUUCCCACCCAUCAAAUAUACCUUUGAUAGCGAGGAUGAAGAAAAUCCUCAUAUGAACGGUAACGGUGCGAAGAAGUCAGAACUUGCAACUAGUGCACCUCCAGUUUCAUUCCAUGGAGCAAACGGACUUCGACAUACCAACAGCCUUUGA